AUGUCGACAUUGGGAGGUGACUUGGAACAAAACGCGCUGAUCGACUUGGACCCUCUCGUGGGGGUGCACCGUCCGUCACCUGGUGGCUCUUCGGCAAGGCCACACGAGGACUCAGGUGAGGAAAGGGCAUGGAAGGAGGAUUUGUGCCAUGCCAUAUGCGGUAACAAGUGGAGUGAUGCGAAAGCAAUUCUCGAUCAAAACCCUAAUGCUUUGACUUCAGUAGUUUCUCAUAAUGGCAGAACAGCACUUCAUGUGGCUGCAAUGAUUGGGCACGUGACCAUAGUGGAGGAGUUGCUCAAAUUACUGCCUCCACAAUUCCUUCUAACUCUUGAUUCUGACGGGAAUACAGCACUUGUAAUGGCUAGUUGGUUCAGUGGAAAUACUGAAGUAGCAAAAUGCCUCGUAAGCAAGAACAGCCGCGUGCUUGAAAUUCCAGACAUGGUUGGUGAUCUUCCUGUUAUAGUGGCUUUUGCAAAGGGUUACCAAGAAAUGGGACGUUAUCUUUAUUUCGUCACUCCAAUGGAAUGCCUCCCAGGCCGUUGGGGUUCUAGGCUGCUUCUUCAUUGUUUACAUGCACAAUGCUUUGAUAUUGCGCUGAAUUUGCUUCAACAAUGUGAAGAAUUGCUUUUAGUGCCCUUUAACAAUUUAGGGACGACGCCUAUUCGUCUACCAGUCAUGUUUGCGUGGACAUCCGACAAGAAGAUAGAAGUCAAGGGGAUAAAGAAAAACUUACCGAGGCAGAUUAAACUAACUAAAAGAUCCAUGUGUGAUGCGUAUCAAUGUAGGAGUAAGAAAAUACAAGAGUUAAAGCUGCUGCAUGCACAAGCAGAUGAACUUCUUCUCCUAGUUUGCAAGAAUGCAGGGAAGGCAUACCAAAAGGGAGUUAUAAAGGAGGCUUUAUGUCUUGCAGCUAAAGAAGGGAAUGUGGAGUUUGUGUUUCAAGUAUCAAAAGUAAUCCCAGAGAUUUUCCUCGAUCAGACAUUGCUUAUGUGUUUCGAUGAAGCUCUUCACUAUCGACAAGCUAGGGUUUUCAAUCUUAUCCAUGGGCUUCGCUUCAAGCACGGGCUGGUAACAACUACACCUGAUCAUAAUGGAAAUUACUUGAUGCAUAAGGCAGCUAUGAAGGCUCCUGAUCACGUUCUUAAUCGUAUCUACGCACCUACACUACAAAUGCAAAGAGAACUACAAUGGUUCAAGGAAGUGGAGAGUUUAACACCUCCAAGCUAUAGAAUAUUUCGAAACAAAAAUGGUAUGACAGCUGAAGAAUUAUUCAGAGGAAGUCAUGGAGAGUUAAUGAAGCAAGGAGAGAAAUGGAUAAAGACCACAGCAUCUUCAUGUUCAGUUGUUGGUACCCUAAUUGUGACAAUUAUGUUUGCGGUAGCAUUUACUGUUCCAGGAGGAAAUGAUCAAAAUCUUGGAUACCCAUUAUUCAUCAAACAACCAUUUUUUAAGGUCUUCAUAUUCUCAACCAUAUUAUCACUUCUCUCUUCUUCAACUUCGGUUCUAAUGUUUCUAGCAAUCCUUACCUCUCAAUUUUCAGAAGAAAAGUUCCUCAAAUCCUUACCUACAAAAUUGAUUUUGGGUCUUUCUUUUCUUUUUAUCUCCAUUGUAAGUAUGAUAGUAGCCUUUCUUUGUACCAUUCGUCUCAUGUUGAAGCAUACAAACUACUCAUGGGGUGUCCUUCCCAUUACUAUACUUGCAAGUGUUCCGAUCGUCCUUUUUGUGAUGUCAGAAUUCCCUCUUCUUCUUCACACUUUUGUUUCUACGUAUGGGAACAUCUUUGACAGGAAAGUGGAGCCAUGGCCAUAA